AUGAGCUCAAAUCGUAGAGCUUCAAAAGCUCGAAAAUCAACAACUAAUUACUACCGGCUUCCAUUUGAUAAGCACCGAUUAUUUGAUCCAGAUGCAUUUCUUUCAAAGGAUCGUUGUGCCAAUCAAUCACAAAGUACUCAAUCAGGCAGCAGACAUACUGAUAAACUAUUCACUACUCCUCAGUUAGUAUCUGCAUUGACAGGGAUCUGGAAUCUUGUUGGGCACCCAGAAUCUUCUGGCACAACAGAUCAAAGAUCUGUGAGCGAGGAUAUUUUGCACACGGAAGACCCUGUGUGCUUUACUAGGGACCGAGAAGGACACACAUUGACAUCUUGCAGCGAAAGCUCAACUGGCCUCAACUCUCAAACCUGUUUAUCAACACCAAAAUCAAUCCAUGAAGAUCUUAGAUUGCUGAAGAAGAUGUUAAUGCUCCGAUCACGCAGCAACAUGAUCGGUGCUUCUGCCACAUGGAGACAUAUGCAUCUUACCAGUAAACUUGGGAACAUGCAUUAUCAAAAUAUAUACCCCAUGCAAACCAAAAAGCUAGGAGCUUGUGCUACUUCCAGCAGUAUGGAAAUCAAGGAGGGCGACUGCUUCGGAAGGGGUGAUAACUGUUGCAAUCAAACAGGAGACAUGCCAGCUGAACAAUGCACGAGCUCAAGUGAGGAGGAUAAUAUCACGUAUGCCUGUGAAAAUUCUCUACACGAUGAGAAAUUAAACACAGAGGUUUCUAGAGAAUACUCCAAUAUGUCUGCUUGUUCAUCAGAGCAGGUUUGCAAAGAGGCAAGGAUAAUGCUGGAAAAUCAGAUUUCCAGCACAUGUGAACAUAUUCGGCCUGAAGGGUUGACAUGCACAUCUUGUGUGGUUGGUGAUGCUAUUGUUAACCCACCAAAUGUACACCAAUAUACAUACGGGGAAGAUGUAUCUCAGCAGCAUUUUGUAGACAAGCGUUCAUCAGAGUUUGAAUCAUCCUUGGGGCAUCGAUUUCAUGGUCCUGUUGGUGCGAACAAGCAUGCUGCUGCAGGAGCACUAGCUGGGACAGUUGUCAGUAUCUCUCUGCAUCCAGUUGAUACGGUGAAAACCAUUAUUCAGGCUAACAGUUCUGGGCAAAGCUCAUUCUACCACAUACUAAGACGCACCCUUGUUGAGAGAGGUGUCUUAGGACUUUAUGGAGGGCUUGCUAGCAAAAUUGCUUGUUCUGCACCAAUUUCAGCUAUUUAUACCCUAACUUACGAAAUAGUAAAGGGGUCACUUCUUCCUACUUUGCCGAAGGACUACCAUUCCAUUGCUCAUUGUGCUGCGGGUGGUUGUUCUAGUAUUGCAACCUCCUUUAUUUUUACACCAAGCGAAUGCAUAAAACAACAGAUGCAAGUCGGCUCGCAGUAUCAGAAUUGCUGGAAGGCUUUAGUUGGAUGUCUACAAAGGGGUGGCAUUGCUUCGUUAUAUGCUGGAUGGGGGGCUGUUCUUUGCAGAAAUAUUCCACAUUCUAUAGUAAAGUUUUAUGCCUACGAGAGUCUGAAGCAAUUUCUGUUGAAUGCAUCACCUGCUAAUGCUAAACUCAAUUCUGGCCAGACGCUCAUUUGUGGAGGUUUUGCAGGAUCAACUGCUGCUCUGUUUACAAAUCCAUUCGAUGUUGUGAAGACACGAGUACAGUUACAGAUAAUUCUGCAGGAGCAGGCCAGGCCCAAAAUCCAAACAACUUCUGUCCAGGCCAGCCUGACCAGGCAGAAAAGUUUAAAAGACCAGGCUGAAACCAGGCAAGGUAUUUCUCCAGGCAUGCAGGCGAGGCCACAAACCAAACAGACCCUAAAUGCCUUGAGGGCCAAGUCGUUUCUUGAAGGGGAAGAGUUCAAGAUUGAAAAUAAGCCUUUUCCAGAGUCCAAGGCUCUCAGCCCUGUUAGAAAGUAUGAAGGGGUUCUUCAUGCCCUUGCGCACAUUUUUGAGCAAGAAGGGUUACGAGGUCUUUACAGGUCCUGUAACAAACUAGUGUACAUCAUUUUUGGAUACGUAGGCAUUAGACAACCACACUUGGGUAUUAACCUUUUUCUGGCAGGGGGGAAAGGUGUCACUGAAUUGUUAACGUUAAUGUUUCAUGGGUGCUGGGAGGGAGAGAGCUUGGGGCCACGGAGGAGGAGCCCAUUCGAAAAGAAUUUCAAAGUUAAGCGUGCUUGGCUCGGGGUCAUUUUAGAAUGGAUGACCGAUCGGGAAGUAGCUCCCGGGUGCGCACGAGUGAGGACAAAGACCGGUGUUGGUCUGUGGGGCCAGUCCUCAUCCUGUCGGGCGUAA